UAUAAGCAGCAGAGGUCAGGAGAUGAAGCAGAUGGAGAGUUGGGGAAACAGAUUCACCAUGAGAGCUCUCGUGUUUCUUUGCAGCGUGCUCAUCGCACAAGGAGUGCAAGGUUGGACGACAACGGAAGGUUGGACGACAACGGAAGCUCAGCCUUCUUGUCGAUACAACUGUGGAUACCACAUGGGAAGCUGCUCCUGCUCCAGUUCCUGUAGGCGGUAUGGAAAUUGCUGCCAUGACUACGACUCAUACUGUGGAUCCUCCAUCUCAACCACCUAUCCAGAGUCCACCUCAUCUCAGCCUUCUUGUCGAUACAACUGUGGAUACAACAUGGGAAGCUGCUCCUGCUCCAGUUCCUGUCGGCGGUAUGGAAAUUGCUGCCAUGACUACGACUCAUACUGUGAACCCCCAACCUCAAGCCCCUAUCCAGAGCCCACCUCAUCUCAGCCUUCUUGUCAAUACAACUGUGGAUACAACAUGGGAAGCUGCUCCUGCUCCAGUUCCUGUCGGUGGAAUGGAAAUUGCUGCCAUGACUACGACUCAUACUGUGGAUCCUCCAUCUCAACCACCUAUCCUGAUUCCACCUCGCCUCAGCCUUCUUGUCGAUACAACUGUGGAUACAACAUGGGAAGCUGCUCCUGCUCCAGUUCCUGUCGGCGGUAUGGAAAUUGCUGCCAUGACUACGACUCAUACUGUGAAUCCUCCACCUCUCCAGAACCCACCUCAUCUCAGCCUUCUUGUCGAUACAACUGUGGAUACAACAUGGGAAGCUGCUCCUGCUCCAGUUCCUGUCGGCGGUAUGGAAAUUGCUGCCAUGACUACGACUCAUACUGUGGAUACGUUGACUCCACCGCUUAUCCCACCUCAUCAGCUCAACAGUCAUGUGAAAACACCUGUGGCAGCUACCUGGGAAGCUGCUCCUGCCAUUACUCAUGUCAGUGGAAUGGAAACUGCUGCCAAGACUACUACUCUUACUGUGAAUGGACCACUGGAGUUCCCACCAUAGGGUCAUGCGGAGGCUCCCUGUUUGGCUCUGGCACCAUUUCAAGCCCCAACCACCCCGACUACUACAACGACAACUCCUACUGCGUGUGGCAGCUCAGAGCUGCAUACGACCAAAGGAUCUUCUUGGCAUUUUCUUACCUGCAAUUGGAGAACUGUUGCAACUGUGACUACAUUUCAAUCCAUGACGGGCCGUACACUUAUUCACCAUACUUGGGGAAAGUGUGCAACAACAACAGUCUGAGCACUUUCUACUCCACCUCCAACUACAUGACAGUGAUCUUCCGGUCGGACAGCUCUGUGGUCGGCCGGGGAUUCAGAGCCGAGUACAUGAGCUCUCUGAAACCCAGCUCAGGUCGUGUUGACUGUUCCUCAGACAACAUGAACAUCGUUAUCAGCCGAACCUACCUGAACUCUCUGGGCUACGAUGGCCACAGUUUGUACCUGGACGAUCCGUACUGCAAGCCAAAGAUUUCCAGCUACGAGGUGGUCUUCAGUUUCCCCCUCAGCUCUUGUGGAACCGUCAAACACUUCAACAACGGCAGAGUUGUGUACACCAACAAUAUUCGCGGAUUUCCCUCAUCGCAAGGAGAGAUUGUGCGUCAGUCUUACCUGAAGAUGAACAUCAACUGCACCAUGGAGCCAGAUUCUGUCUCCCAGAUCAUGUUUGUUGUGAAUAACGGGGGUAACAGCAGCAUCGCUGGUUCGGGGCGAUACAACACCAGCAUGGCUUUCUACACAUCCAGCAGCUUCUCCUAUAAGGUAACUAGUGUCCCGUAUCAGGUUGCUCUCAACCAGGACUUGUAUGUUCAAGUGGACAUGAGUAGGCAGGACAGUAACCUUGUCCUCUUCCUGGACACCUGCGUGGCCGCCCCAUCGCCCUUCGACUUCGAAACCAGACCUUAUUACUUAGUGCGAAAUGGGUGUGCUGUUGACAGCACGUAUCGCCCCAUCUCUUCUGGGAGCUGGUACAGGGCCCGUUUUACAUUCAAGGCCUUCAUGUUCAUGCGAGGCACAGACUCUGUGUACCUCCAGUGCAAGGUCCUGAUCUGUCCCUCCUCGGACAGCAACUCCCGCUGCCGCCGCGGAUGCAGCAGGCGUAGGGCCAGGGAGCUGGAGCCCCAACAUGAGAGUCAAACUCUGGUCAUGGGUCCCAUUCAGCUCAAAAAAUCUGAAGAAGAGAAGGAAGAGCCUGAAGUUCAGAACGAGGCUUAAGUUGUUUCUGCAGAAAUCUCAUCCAAUCAACUCUGUAUUCCUUUAAAUGAAAUGCUAGACUCUGCUCAACCUUUCUUUCCUUUCUCUCUCAUUAUCUGAUUAAAUGCAUUAUUGAAAGACAA